AUGACGGAACUCACGAUCCCGCUCCCCUCCUCCGCCUCUCCCACCUUCACCCAUCUCAUCCUAGUAUGCGGCCACGCGACCUACAUUGGUGCCACAACUCCCUCCUCCGCGUCCCUCGAUGAACAGAACUGGUCUCUUCAAUCCUUCCAGCGCUCCAAUCCUACAACUCACAAACCCGGCGAGCACCAUACAUUCCUAUCUCAUAUCCACUCCGCCGCCUCUCUCGCUGCUUCAACGCCGUCCUCCCUGCUCAUCUUCUCCGGUGGGCAGACCACGCCCACCGAACCAUCUAACCCUGAUGAAUUGACCGAAGCUCAGUCACACGCAAGACUACUUCAAAUGCACAUCUCCACUCUCCCUGCUUCAUCUCAGGAAAACCUCACCUACGCCUCUGAGAACUCGGCGACGGAUUCGUACCAAAAUCUCCUCUUCUCUAUUCUUCUCUUUCAUCACCUGACACACGCAUACCCUGCGCACGUAACGGUGAUCACCCACGCUUUCAAAACUCCCCGGUUCCUACAUCUCCACGGCCCAGCGAUCAAAUUUCCCGCUCAUCGCCUGCGAGUGCUGGGUAUCAAUCCACCUUUCACUGCACAAGAAGCAGAGGAGACGGAGAUCGGGGAAAGGGAGAGAGGCUAUGCGCCUUGGAAGGAGGAUUUGUAUGGUGUUGGAGAGGUGCUGGGCCGGAAGAGGAGGGAGAGAGGGUGGGACGAUGAGAGGGUCAAAGAUGGAUGGAUGGAUGAGUUGUCGGACGAAGUGAGGGAGCUGCUGGAGUGGAAAGGUGGGAGCACGGGGAGAGAGAUCUUUCCUAAAGCUUUGCCGUGGGAAGAGGAGGGUGCUGAGUAAGUGGAGCCAUCUCUGGACUUCCUCCUCGAACGCAGUCAUGAGCGCUAUGCGCAGACGACCGCACUCCCUCCAUCAAUGCAAGCGCAAGGACAGCAGGUGAUAUCACGGAGGAGCCAUGGACGAAUGUUCUACCAGUCAGCGACGAGCUUGUCGCUGCUUUGCACGCAAGGCUUACGCGCAAAGCUGGACCACCCCAAGAUCACGAACUGGCACCGCCGGGUGAAAGAAAAUCUACGGUUUGGCAGUGACUGAAAUGGAUGAUCCGUUAUGUGGUGUUGAGCCGAAUCUCUCACCACGGAAUACACGGCAAAUCCCAAGUACAUGAGUCGGACCGGAUCAAGGACAGUCUUGACACCACAGCAACACCAUUCGCCGCGAUGUCGACGCUGCGCAACACCACCUUGUUGGCUCUGCUAAUGAGGGAAGCAAUGCUCAUGACCGAGGCUCUUGGGCCAAUAACCGAAGCAACGAACGCUCAUGACCGAAGCAGAGGCAUCCGCAGUCUGAGUGUCCACUUUUGGCACCUGAGCUCGCCUUCGUCCUCGAUCGAGUAACAAUGAAGCGGACUCGGAAGAACUUGACUCAAAGCGGACAUGAUGAUGUUUCAAUUGUCCCUGCUGGCGACUGACACACGCCGCGGACACGUCGCUGCACAUGGUACUGGUUCAUACUGCUAUUAUGACCCAUCUCUAAAGUAUUCUGAAUUGUGUUUGCGGAGGAAAUAUGGCGAGACCUUCGAUGUCUGCUCCUAGCACGGGCGCCGCUGGGAAUACUCGGUCGAGGUCUGAGUAGAGGGAGCAGGACGAACAGGAUGAUAAGAAGAGGCGGAAGUUGGAGGACCGCAAGAUC